CUCUGGGGGCGGGGCUGUGGGCCGGCGCAAGCGGCAGAGUCACCUCCCGGAGGGCCGGGGACUGUUGCCGUGGAGACGACGGGGCAGGACCUGCGCCAGGCGCAGGCCAGUGACGUAUUUGGAAGGCGCCCACCAGGGCAGCUGGCUGUUAGCGCCCAAUGGAGCAGCGGGAACAAUUUCUUCGAAGGGUGACGGCACUGCAAGCCUGUAUCCGGGGCUAUUUGGUCCGUCGCCAAUUCCUGAGUCUGCGAGAUGAAUAUGAGGCUGUUGUACAAGAGAUCGAGGGUGAUCUGGGAACACUUCGGUGGACAGAAGGCUGGGUUCCCAGGCCUCUAUUCCUUCCAAAGAAAGCAAAAUUUCAUUGGACCAGGCAAAGUGGAGAAAAGGUACCAGGUCCAGAGCAAAAACAGUGCAGCCACAUCCCAUGUAAUGAACCUGAGAAAAAGGCUGUCUGGGAAAAGAAGGUGAUGAAGAAGCAAGGAGAGAGCUCAGUGACCUCAGACAGCCUUCCCUGCAGAGAUGACAGCCCCUGGCUUCAGGAUGAGCAGAGCAGGAAACCCAGCCACAAAGAGAUCAGAAAUACAUCAAGGAUCAAGAACCCAGACGACUCAGGUCCAAGACUUCACCACAGCCAGACUCAGCUCCAAGAGCUCCAGCACCACCGCAGCAACUUGGCCAUGGAACUAUUAUGGCUUCAACAGGCUAUCAAUAGCCGCAAGGAGUAUCUAAUUCUCAAGCAGACACUGAACUCCCCAGAGGUGGACCAGACCGGAGACAAGUCCAGCUUGUAUCUAGACCACAGGGGAUAGGCCUUUGAAAGGGCCAGGACACAACCAAGCCCAUCUCUGGAAGACCCCUACAGAGACAGGAUCACUAUAGAGAGAGAUUGCACCGAUGAGUCCAUACUGGAGGCUCAGGUGACAAUCCAUGAAUCCCCAGAAUUGGCCUCCACAGAUGACACUACUGCUGGGACCAAAUAUAGGAACCCUGGCCACAGGAGCACUGGACCACAACUGUCCAUACUAUCAGAUGAUCAGGCCAAAGAGAACAGGUUCACCAAAGGGCCAAGCUGUGAGAAGGACUCUGGAAGGAAUCUGCCUACAAUGGACAAAGUCUUAGAGGGCCAGAAUCCCAAAGGCAUCUGUUCUGGAGAAAUUAGAACACAGUUACCUGUAUUCUGUGAAAGGCCAAAUAUUCGACAAGUCUUCCAGAGAGACAGACCACAAAGAACCUGCCUGCCAAAGAGCUAGACCACAAGGGUUAGACCUCUCAGAGGGCUGCAUCUCCUGGGAUGAGACUUUGGCAGGGCCAGAGGAUGGUGGCCUGGAUCUCCGGAGGACUAAACCACCCAAGGGCCAGACUUGCAGUGAAAAAAUUUCUAGGGAAAGAACUUAUAGUAAACCCAGUCAGGAAGACUGGGGAAACCAGAGGACUGCACCAUGGAAGUCAAGGUGAACCCAGAAACUGUGAAACAGUCUUCCACGGCACCUCAGCACACAGAGAACCAGUGCAGAGGCUGGCCAUGGAAAACAGGAACACCAGGCUACAUGCAGGAGAGCAGGGGAGAGCGAGGUUCUCAAGGCAGGUGCCAUGAGAACACAGUGAGGGAGACACAGCAUCAUCCUAGCUCCCUGGAACCAGCCUGUAUCCUGUCCCUGCCCUGUAGUGACUAAUGGAGGCAAGGAACUGGAACCAGUGUAGGAAGAAGAAGAAGAUGGAGAUUCAUCCUUUGUUUCUAGCUAAAUCCAAGCUUAGGUGUCUGGCGGAGAAAAGGGAGGCAUCUGAUGAAUAAAGGUUUCUCUUGUGUUCUGA